CUUUAAGCGCUGGCGGAGGCUGCGGCUACCUCCCCGCCUGCUCGGCUCCCCAGGGCACGUCGGGCUCCCGUGCUCGGGGGUGGCUCCCUGUUCCGAGCCGUGCCGCCCGGCCUUCAGAGGUUACAGGCAGGUUCCUGCCUCCUCUACCCUCACCCACCUCCUGGAUGCCCUUCUCUGCUCAGCUGCUUCUCCAACAGAAAUGAUGGUUGUCACUGGACCCAGCUGGGACUCUGCCAGGCUCCAGUGCUCAGUCUAAGGAAAGGGCCCUCUUCCAGGCCUGCUCUCCCUGCCUGUCAUGGCCACUCUCAGCUGCUGCCUGCUUGUCUGGGGACGUAGGGCACCCAGCCCCAGCCCUGAGAGGUUAAACCAGGCCCUCUCACUCCAUUUCACAGGGGCACUCUGGGCACCAGGCCCCUUUCAGACCAAGAGCAACUGAUGCCAUGGGAGAAGCCCCUGCCCAUCUGUUCACUCACCUGGCACUGCCCACUCUGAGACCCCUACACCGGGUCCCCCUGGAGGUGCCAACCCUGUGAACCCCUCCCCUGUCCCCUGACACUGAGAAGGCCCCGCCUACCCCCACCAUGUGUGAAGUGAUGCCCACAAUCAACGAGGGGGACCCCCUGGGGCCUCCCCACGGAACAGACGCUGACGCCAACUUUGAGCAGCUGAUGGUGAACAUGCUGGAUGAGCGGGAGAAGUUGCUAGAGUCCCUUCGGGAGAGUCAGGAGACUUUGGCAGCAACACAGAGCCGGCUCCAGGAUGCCCUGCAUGAGCGAGACCAGCUCCAGCGCCACCUUAACUCUGCCCUCCCCCAGGAAUUUGCCACCUUAACCCGGGAGCUGAGUAUGUGUCGGGAGCAGCUUCUAGAGAGGGAGGAAGAAAUAUCAGAGCUGAAGGCAGAGCGCAAUAACACAAGGUUGCUCCUGGAGCAUCUGGAGUGCCUGGUGUCCCGCCAUGAGAGGUCACUGAGGAUGACUGUGGUGAAGCGUCAGGCUCAGUCACCUUCAGGGGUUUCCAGUGAGGUGGAGGUGCUGAAGGCUCUCAAGUCACUGUUUGAGCACCACAAGGCCCUGGAUGAGAAGGUGCGAGAGCGGCUCCGGGCAGCCCUGGAGAGAGUGACCACCUUGGAAGAGCAGUUGGCAGGUGCCCACCAGCAGGUAUCUGCCCUACAGCAGGGGGCAGGGGUUCGGGAUGGAGUGGCAGAAGAGGAGGGGACUGUGGAGCUGGGACCAAAAUGCCUGUGGAAGGAUGUCGCGGGCCAGGUAGAGGAGCUGCAGGAGCUCUUGGAGAAGCAGAACUUUGAGUUGAGCCAGGCUCGGGAGCGACUGGUCACCUUGACGGCAACUGUGGCCGAACUUGAGGAGGACCUGGGCACAGCCCGCCGGGACCUUAUCAAGUCGGAGGAGCUGAGCAGCAAACAUCAGCGGGACCUCCGGGAAGCUCUAGCCCAGAAGGAGGACAUGGAGGAGCGAAUCACCACGCUGGAGAAGCGCUACCUGGCUGCUCAGCGUGAGGCUACAUCGAUCCAUGACCUCAAUGACAAACUGGAGAAUGAGCUGGCCAAUAAGGAGUCCUUGCACCGCCAGUGUGAGGAGAAAGCCCGACAUCUGCAGGAGCUGCUGGAGGUAGCAGAGCAGAAACUGCAGCAGACAAUGCGUAAGGCUGAGACGCUGCCAGAGGUGGAGGCUGAGCUGGCCCAGAGAAUUGCAGCCCUCACCAAGGCUGAAGAGCGGCAUGGCAACAUUGAGGAGCACUUGCGGCAGCUGGAGGGACAGCUGGAGGAAAAGAACCAAGAGCUGACAAGGGUGCGCCAGCGGGAGAAGAUGAACGAGGACCACAACAAGCGGCUGUCAGACACCGUGGACCGACUGCUUAGCGAGUCGAAUGAGCGCCUGCAGCUCCACCUCAAGGAGCGCAUGGCGGCCCUGGAGGAGAAGAACACGCUGAUCCAGGAGCUGGAGAGCUCCCAGCGGCAGAUUGAAGAGCAGCGCCAUCACAAGGGCCGCCUGUCCGAAGAGAUUGAGAAGCUGCGCCAGGAGGUGGACCAGCUGAAGGGUCGAGGAGGGCCGUUUGUGGAUGGCAUCCACUCCAGGGCGCACAUGGGCAGUGCAGCAGAUGUGCGGUUCUCCCUGAGCACAACCGCCCACACACCUCAAGGUCUGCAUCGUUGCUACUCAGCACUGCGGGAAGAGUCUGCCAAGUUUCACAGACGGCUGGUGUGUGAUGCAAAUCCUCUCCCUCCCCUCCCCCGUGUCAACGACAGCUGCAGCCUUGGGGUUGGGCCAUCAUUAGCUGCAACAGCUGUGUCUCGGCUCGACCUCCUGGUGGGCAAGAGGUUGGUGCACCUCUUGGUGGCCAGUGGGUGGCCAGCCAAUCCCUGCUGCCAAUCCCUGCGGCCCCAGUGGAGAGCGUGCACGUGUGUGCCCGGCUUGCAGGACUGGGAGCCAUCUCCACUGCCUGGGGUGCUGGUCCCGACAGCCACCCCUGCCUUUGACAGUGACCCUGACAUCUCUGAUGUGGAUGAGGAUAAGCCAGGGGGUCUGGUGGGCUCCGUGGACGUUGUCUCCCCCAGCAGCCACUCGGAUGCCCAGACCCUGGCCAUGAUGCUGCAGGAGCAGCUGGAUGCUAUCAACAAGGAGAUCAGGAUGAUCCAGGAAGAGAAGGAGUCCACAGAGCUCCGUGCUGAGGAGAUUGAGACGCGAGUGACUAGCGGCAGCAUGGAGGCCCUAAACCUGACCCAGCUGCGCAAACGUGGUUCCAUCCCCACCUCUCUGACUGCCCUGUCCCUGGCCAGCGCAUCCCCUCCACUCAGCGGCCUCUCUACACUUAAGCUUACCUCCCGCAGUGCUGCCCAGGACCUGGACCGAAUGGGGGUCAUGACCUUGCCCAGUGACUUAAGAAAGCAUAGGAGGAAGCUGCUGUCACCAGUGUCUCGGGAAGAGAACCGAGAGGAUAAAGCCACCAUAAAAUGUGAGACUUCUCCUCCUUCCUCACCCAGGACGCUGCAGCUAGAGAAGCUUGGCCACCCAGCCCUGAGCCAGGACGAAGGCAAGAGUGCUUUGGAGGAUCCAGGCAGCAAUCCCAGCAGCAGCAACAGCAGCCAGGACUCCUUGCACAAGGGCACCAAGCGCAAGGGCAUCAAAUCAUCCAUCGGCCGCCUGUUUGGGAAGAAGGAGAAAGGCAGGCUGAUCCAGCCGAGCCGGGAUGGAGCCACAGGCCAUGUUAUGCUAAUAGACUCUGAGCUCGGUCUGCAGGAGCCCAUGGUGCCUGCCAAGCUGGGGACCCAGGCAGAAAAGGACCGGCGGCUGAAGAAGAAACACCAACUGCUUGAAGAUGCCCGCAGAAAAGGAAUGCCCUUUGCCCAGUGGGACGGCCCUACUGUGGUCUCCUGGCUAGAGCUCUGGGUGGGGAUGCCUGCUUGGUAUGUGGCAGCCUGCCGGGCCAACGUCAAGAGUGGUGCCAUCAUGUCGGCCCUGUCAGACACAGAAAUCCAGCGGGAAAUUGGCAUCAGCAAUGCCCUGCACAGGCUCAAGCUCCGGCUGGCCAUCCAGGAGAUGGUGUCGCUGACCAGCCCCUCUGCCCCGCCCACCUCCAGGACUUCUUCUGGGAAUGUCUGGGUCACCCAUGAAGAGAUGGAAACUCUGGCAACGUCCACAAAAACAACCCUGGCCUAUGGGGACAUGAACCACGAGUGGAUUGGGAACCAGUGGCUGCCCAGCCUGGGACUCCCCCAGUACCGCAGCUACUUCAUGGAAUGCCUUGUAGACGCUCGCAUGCUGGAUCACCUCACCAAGAAGGACCUGCGGGUCCACCUGAAGAUGGUGGACAGCUUCCACCGAACCAGUCUUCAGUAUGGCAUCAUGUGUCUGAAGAGGCUGAAUUAUGACCGGAAGGAGCUGGAGAAGAGGCGGGAGGAAAGCCAGCAUGAGAUCAAGGAUGUGCUGGUCUGGACCAACGACCAGGUGGUUCAUUGGGUCCAGUCUAUUGGGCUCCGGGACUAUGCAGGAAACCUGCAUGAGAGUGGUGUGCACGGUGCUCUACUGGCCCUGGACGAGAACUUCGACCACAACACAUUGGCCCUGGUCCUCCAAAUUCCCACGCAGAAUACCCAGGCACGCCAGGUAAUGGAAAGAGAGUUCAACAACCUGUUGGCCUUGGGCACAGACCGGAAGCUGGAUGAUGGGGAGGACAAGGUGUUCCGCCGCGCGCCCUCCUGGAGGAAACGCUUCCGGCCGCGGGACCACCACGGCGGCGGCGCGGUGCUCGGCGCCUCGGCCGAAACGCUGCCGGCGGGCUUCCGCGUGUCCACGCUGGGGCCCUUGCAGCCCCCACCGGCCCCGCCAAAGAAGAUCAUGCCCGAAGGGCACUCUGGACUAAGUCUGAUCCCUCCUGUGAGAGAUGAGGCUGAUGUUAUAAGUUACAACCAGUGGCAAGGAUAAUAAGAGGAGGAGGAAGUGUGGUGAGGACUCAGGGAAGAUUUCACAGGGGAGGUGAGAUCUGAAUAGAGCUUGAAAAACCUAGCUUUCCUUCCUCUCAUCGUUUGUGGUGAGGAGCCUGGAAAAUACUCUUGUCCUUUUGGGGUAAGGAGCAGAGAUGAGGAGGGGACAAAACUAGACAAUUAAAAAAAAAAAAACAAAACCCAAGCAUGUUUAGGGGGAGCAGCAAGGUCUUAAUUUUGUGUUUGGCCUUACCAGUGUGGUAAAAAGUGGCAGCAUGGGGGCUGUGGGUUGUAAACCUUGCUUUGACCCUGACCGGAUAGGCUGAAGAAGCAGCUCUAUUUCUAACACACAUUCCACCAAGAAAAGAAAAAAUAAAAGAAAACCCUUGCCUCAGUUUACAUUCUAAUCCUCUGAGCACUGAGAAAAAGAGUGAUGUCAAAGUUAUUAUAGAAACCUAGAAAUUGCACUAUUUUGUCCUUUGGGGGUCCAGUCUGCCUCACCCCUAAACAAUGCCCACAUCCUCUAAAAAUGGAAGCAGGAGAACUAGGCUUGUUCUGUGAUUAUUUCUAGGAUCUUACUAUCUAGUUGGUGAGUGUGGACACUGUGUGAAUGUUAAAUUACAAUGCAAGAGAGAGCUAUUUUAAUUCAGCAGUAGACAUGGGGGCCAUGACCAUUGCAAAUGAGUGAGUUCAUCAACUGAGUGUUUAAGUGUAUAGAAAAGCAAAACCACCGAAGGCUGGAGUUUCUGUGGAAGGGGAGGAGGAGAGCCCUGGGCUGGGUCUUGGAGAAAAGGUAAGAUCUGGAUUAGAAGAGGAGAGAAGGGCGAGGGGAGCACUGGGCAGAUGGGUUUGUAUAGAGCUCAGGGUUCAGGUAGGUGGGUGAUUAGACAAGCCUGCAAAGAUGAGAGGAGGCCCACCUGGGCAGCAUGGAGGGACUUGAAAGCUGAGGCAAGGAGACUGCAGAGAAGACCAUGACAGUGACCCAGGAGUGAAGUGAAGAGCUGAACAAGCCACUCAGAGGUAAGAGGAUGGAUUCAACUGGGAGAUGUAUAGCUGGUAAAGGGAUGAUAUAUGUGUAUGAUAGGAGAAUGGUUUUUGUAUUGAUGAAAGGGCACCUGGCACAUGGGAACACCCCCAAAAUAUGAGUCCCCUUCCUUGCUUUGUCCCUUCCUCCACUCCUGGCCUCUCCCUCAGGCUAUUUCCCUGAUUGUCUUCAUUGCCUCCAGGGGACCAGAAUGGCAGGAAUAGGGGAGGGAAAACCUGCCCCCACUCCACGUGUGUAUAUAUUUAUUCAUUCGCUUUUUCAUUCAAGGAACAGGUAUUGUACACCUUGUGCUGGAUGUGAGGGUCAUUGAUGUGAAUAAGAUAUGGUUUUUCUGCCAGCUAGGUACUCACAGUUGAAUAAAGACGUUGAUUAUACAAAGUAGGUGAUAACGAGAGUAGGCUAGAAAAAGUGUUAAUAUAGUCCAGAGAAGGAAUGUAUUCAUUUACUCCUUUCUCUGAUCAACUCAAUUUCCUGAGAUCCCACUCUCUAUCAUUCCCCGGGCAUGCCUAAACAUAGGCAAGAGCAGUAAUAAGAUCAGUCCCUGCCC